UAUUGACGUCUGCUCUGUUUUUCAAAUACAGACGAGACUUAGGCCUAGCCCAGAAAUGUUGUCAACAAAGCAGAAAUAUCUAUCGUCAGCGAAUUUGACAAUAUGUUUCAGUUAAGUUACUCUUCCAGAAGAAAUAAAUGUAAAGAUGGUUUGUGCGUCUGAGCAAAGGAUUCCGAGAAUUGGUUGUGAUUGCUGAUCCCAGAACAAUGCCAGCGUCAGACUUUGGCUGGUCCAAUCGUGCACAGGUGUUUCAAGUUUUUGGCAAUAAACGUAAACAUGAGUGGACAGAGGCUGGGGACAGAGAAGUGCAGAUGGAGGCGUCUUCGAAGAGGCAAUGUCCUGAACCUACAGAAUGUGGAGAUGCCAUGAAUGAAAUGUUGGAGAUCAAUCACAACUCCAUCCUGCCCACAGACGCUCCUCAGCAGGAUACGGCACCUGUUGAUUGUGCAACCAUGACUCAGGACCAAAUACAUCAACUACAGCAUGCCCAACUUCAGCAACAAAUACAAGAGCAGCAGCAGCAGCAACAGCAACAACAGCAGUAUAUGCAGCAACAACAGCAACAUCUUCAGUCACAACAGAUGCAGCAGGCGUUCAACCAAGAGAUACAGCCGCAGCAACAGCAGGAGGAUCCCCAUUCUCACAACACAAUGGUUAUGGACCUUUGUGAUGAGACAUACUCUAACGCACAGUUGGACACAGAAACACAGUCAAUGUACAGCAACAUGGACUCUGACUUUGUGCCAAAUCUGCAGCAAUAUGGGUUAGCAUUUUGUGGAGACUCGUGUUUGUAAGUUAAGGUGGAGAACGAUACCCAGCAUCAGGGAGAAUCCGGUGCUACUGCAAGCAGUCUUGGGAAGGAUUGAUGGACAUGAGGCCCUAUGUGUCCGACUACUACUGAAAACACCUCCCUAGUCACCUAUUGUACCUUCAAAGUCACAUCCUGACACCAGUCUUUCUGUGUCUCACUCAAGGCAGUCCACCAAAUGCAUAUUUAGGCCAGACCACUAUUUUCACUUGUUCUACAGCAAUAUUCCAGCUUGUGGGUCACAAAAAGAUAUAAUAAAUAGGUUUAACAAGUCAGGUUGUUCUGGGAGUAGGGGUUGGGAUUCUGUCCUAAGCUGAUAGCUUUAAGAUUGCAAAGAUUACUAAGAUUACUAAAAUUACUAAUGAGUAAAGAGGUGCAACCAUCUUAUUUAAAUGUCAGUAACCAGGAAAAUAAGGUCUGGCCUCUCCGUGAUAAAGUGCUGCAUCAAUCAAUGUAACAGCAUUUACUUCAGAGACUAGUAUUGUGACUUUUGAGAGCAUAUUGGUUUAAGAUGUUUUCGAUAUUUGAUUUCUUUUAACUGAGUCAAGUCAGUGUUGUAUAUUUUCCAAAGAGAGUGUUGAAACGUAAUGAAUCACAGUUAAAAGCACAGUUGUUUUUCUCACAUAAGAGCUGGAUUUACUGUUGUAUUAGUCUGUGACAGAUACUUCUUAUCAUUUGACUUUGAAGAUCCUACACAACUGAAACUGUCACAUAGUGAAUGAUGAAAGGCAAGAGUUAAAUAUGUUGUUGUAGAAUCUCAUACUGAAAUAACUUUAGGUUUGAGCAAGGUAAAUUUACUGGGACAUAUUAUACAGGUGGUUAAUUGAACGAGUGUAUACCAUUUGUUCUUGAUUCCUGCACAUAAUUCAUGUUUCUUUAAGAAAGUCAUUUGUAUUUUUUAAAUGACCUGGUAUAUAAAUUAUUGGUAUACCAUUUCUUUAUUCUAGAGACUUUGAAUCUCCAUGCAGCAGUUUUGUACCAUUUAAAAAAUGAACAAAUCCUUUAUUUUAGAUAUUCCACUAACCAAUGGGUCAUGAAUGUGACCUGCACUGUUGCUAUUGUUAGCUAAUGUGUGACCGUGUACAGUGUUAUGGCUUUAAUAUCAAUGUUAGUGCCUUACUUGUUGACAUAAUCAUAGAUGCUUCAGAGAGAACAGAAUAUGUGCGUGCAAUUGUAUGAUUGUUUUUUGAGGUACAGAUUUAAAUUAUUUUGUUGUACAAUUACAUAUGCAUAUAACCAUGAUAACUGUACUCAAAGAUUAUUUUCAGGGCCCUGUUCCACAAAUUGAUAUUGCUAUUACAGUCGUGACUCCUAUACUUUGAUAGUGUGGUAGUGGUAGAUUGAUUACACUUUGUGGAACGAGAGGACCUGGGCCAUUUAGAGUCCUCUAAUUUUGUUAAUGGAUCUCAAAAGAGUUGUCUCAAAUUGUUUCA